AUGUUUAGAACUUUCACCAAGUUGGCCCUCCCAGCCACCAGAUGGAAUUCUAUCAGACUAUCGUCGACCAAGAGCCUGGACAGAGCCACUCUGACCAUCAGAGACGGUCCGAUUUUCAAUGGCUACUCUUUUGGAGCUGAUAAGAACGUUAGCGGAGAGGCGGUGUUCACCACCUCUCUUGUUGGAUAUCCCGAGUCUAUGACGGAUCCUUCGUAUAGAGGCCAGAUUCUUGUCUUUACUCAGCCGCUGAUUGGCAACUACGGUGUUCCUUCGGGCACUGCUAGAGACGAGUACAAUCUGCUGAAGUACUUCGAGUCGCCACAUAUCCAAUGUAUUGGUAUUGUUGUCAGCGACGUGGCCUUGCAGUAUUCUCAUUGGACGGCCGUCGAGAGUCUGAGCCAAUGGUGCAAACGUGAAGGUGUUGCUGCCAUCACUGGCGUCGACACCAGAGAACUGGUCACCUAUCUAAGAGAGCAGGGCUCUAGUCUGGCCAAACUAAGUAUCGGCGAGACGUACGAUGCUGACGAAGACGCCGCUUUCGACGACCCUAGCUCCGUGAACCUGGUGCACAAGGUGACCACCAAAGCUCCGUUUCACGUUCCUUCGCCUAAUGCCAAGUACCAUGUUGCUGUGCUGGACUGUGGUGUCAAGGAGAACAUCCUGCGCUCGCUGGUGUCCCGUGGUGCCUCUAUCACUGUUCUUCCUUACAACUAUCCGAUCCAGAAGAGCGCCGACAAGUUUGACGGUGUUUUCAUUUCGAACGGCCCUGGCGAUCCGACACACUGUUCUGCUACCGUCGAAAAUCUGAAAGAGACUAUGGAAAAGUUCCCAGAUUUGCCGAUCUUCGGCAUCUGUCUUGGACACCAGCUGCUCGCGUUGGCGUCCGGAGCCAAGACUGUGAAGCUGAAAUACGGAAACAGAGCUCACAACAUCCCUGCCCUCGACUUGCUCUCCGGCAAGUGUCAUAUUACCUCCCAGAACCACGGAUACGCUGUGGAUGCCAAGACUCUGCACCCAGACUUCCAGGAGUACUUCAUCAACCUUAACGAUCUGUCGAACGAGGGAAUGAUCCACAAGACCAGACCGAUUUUCUCGACCCAAUUCCACCCAGAGGCCAAGGGAGGUCCAUUGGACUCGUCUUACCUGUUUGACAAGUACUUUGAUCUGCUGAAAGAAUACAAGAAGUCGCACUUGAAACUAAGCCCCGAUGACUUGCUGAUUGACAUUUUGCCAAAAGAGCGCGUGGUAUAA